AUGGGUGCUAUAGUCUCACUUCCAUUCCAAAUCGCUGGAACAUGGGUUGCUAGUUGCUGUGGUUCCAUGUGCUUUUCACUAGUUUCAAAAUCAUUUAAAAGUAUAGGAUCAAGUUUCUCAACUCGUUUGAGUUAUGCCUUCUUAUUCCUACUCAACACUAUUCUAUCAUGGGUAAUGCUUACGGAUUUUGCAAGAAGUAAGUUGGAAAAACUAUCAAAAUUUCAAUGUGAAGGUGUUGAAUGUGGGUUCUUUGCUGUUCAUAGAAUAAACUUCUCCUUAGGUAUAUUUCAUGUUAUACUCGCUGCGAUGUUGGUGGGUGUACAUUCCACAACAAACCCAAGAUCAAAGAUUCAAAAUAAUUUCUGGGCUCCAAAGAUACUUCUGUGGCUUGUCUUCAUUGUUGUUUCUUUUCUAAUACCUGAUAAAUUCUACAUUGGUUGGUCAACUUAUGUUUCCGUUUUCUGUGGUGCUUUAUUUCUACUCAUUGGAUUAAUCUUAUUGGUUGAUUUUGCACAUGAAUGGGCUGAGACUUGUAUUGAGCAUGUUGAAAAUGAAGAUGAGUAUUCAUCAGUGUGGAAGACUAUUUUAAUUUCAGGAACUUCAUUGAUGUACUUGGGCUCAUUAGUUAUGACAAUCCUCAUCUAUGUUUUCUUCUGCAAAAGUGGUUGUUCAAUGAACCAGGCUGCUGCCACUGUGAACUUGAUACUGUCAAUUAUUAUCACCGUUUUGUCAUUAAACAGAACAAUUCAAGAGUACAAUCCAAAUUGUGGGUUAGCUCAAGCUGCAAUUGUUUCUGUGUACUGUACUUACUUAACACUUAGUGCAUGUGCUUCAGAACCAGAUGACAAACAAUGUAAUCCAUUGAUCAGAUCCAGGGGUACAAGAACUGCAAGUGUUGUUUUGGGAGCUAUAUUUACAUUCAUCACAAUUGCCUACACAACAACCAGAGCUGCAGCCAAUUCUGCUUUUAAUGGGAACAAUGGAGGUGGUGCUAUCACCAUCAAUUAUGAUGACCCUGUUUCCACGGAGCCAAUUAUCAGCACACAACCUUCUGCUAGAAAUGAAAUGAGACUUCAAGCUAUAAGAGAAGCUGUUGCCGUUGGAACUUUGCCUGAAAGUGCUCUACAUGAUCAAAGUUGGCUCUAUGACGACGAAGAUGAUGAAGAUGAAGAAAAAGUUUCAACCAAGUAUAAUUAUGCAUUGUUCCAUAUCAUUUUCUUCUUUGCUACACAAUGGAUUGCUGUGUUGUUAACUAUGAAUGUUCAACAAGAUGAUUUUGGUGAUUUUGUUCCAGUUGGAAGAACUUAUUUCUACUCUUGGGUGAAAAUUGUUAGUGCUUGGAUUUGUUACUUGAUAUAUGGAUGGUCACUGGUAGCUCCAGUUUUGAUGCCUGAAAGAUUCGGCUUUUAA